ACAUCGCUCCGCGCGCAGGCGCACUGCGGCCGCGCCCUAACGGCUGGGACCCCAGCACCAUGGUGGGCUACGACCCCGAGGCCAGCUGCGUCUCCUCAGCAGAAGCAGCUGCAGCAGGAUCUGCGUCCGGCUUGGUCACCCGCGUCCUCAUCAGUCCCCUGGAUGUCAUCAAGAUCCGCUUCCAGCUUCAGAUCGAGCAGCUUUCCUCCAGAAACCCGGGGGCCAAGUACCACAGUAUCUUGCAGGCUGUACAGCGCAUCUUCCAGGAAGAGGGGCUGGUUGCCUUCUGGAAGGGCCAUGUUCCCGCUCAGUUCCUUUCAGUCGGCUAUGGAGCUGUUCAGUUCAUGGCAUUUGAAAGCCUGACAAAACUGGUGCACAACGUCACCUCGUACGAUGCCCGCGAUUCCUUCGUGCACUUCGUCUGCGGCGGGCUGGCUGCCUGCACAGCCACAGUUGCAGUUCAGCCAGUUGACACACUGCGCACCCGCUUUGCUGCUCAGGGUGAGCCUAAGGUCUAUCGCAACCUUCGCCACGCAGUGGUGACCAUGUACCAGACAGAAGGGCCUUGGACUUUCUACAGAGGUUUGACCCCCACCAUUGUUGCGGUCUUCCCAUAUGCUGGUCUCCAAUUCUCAUUCUACAACAUCCUGCAGCACUUCUCCGAGUGGGUGAUUCCAGCUGAAGGGAAGAAGGGAGGCAAUGUUAGAAACCUCGUUUGUGGCAGCUGUGCCGGCAUCAUCAGCAAAACCCUCACUUACCCUUUUGACGUGAUCAAAAAACGACUGCAAGUGGGUGGCUUUGAGCAGGCCCGGGCAGCGUUCGGGCAGGUGCGGGUGUACAGGGGUCUCCUGGACUGCAUGCAGCAGAUCAUGCGAGAGGAGGGCCCAGGAGGAUUCUUUAAGGGCCUUUCGCCCAGCCUGCUGAAGGCUGCUGCCUCUACUGGUCUCAUCUUCUUCUGGUAUGAGCUGUUCUGCAGCCUGCUCUGUGCCCUGAAGAGCACCAACAGCACUGCCAGGAAGGAGGGCUGAAAGGGCAAGAGUUUGGCUGCCUAGUGUUCCCCAGAGGAGGGGAAAUGACGGCUUUGCUCUGUCCUGAGCGUGUUGGGAAUGUCCAAGCUCCCAGAGCUCCACCAGCUUGUAGGAAAUGACGUGGGGCCAAGCAGAAGGAGAAUGCAACUGCGGUUCUGCUGGAGACACUUGGCUGCUUUGCUGGGAGCUGUGCCACUGAGUGCUUUUCUCUCCGUCUCCUCCCAUAUCAGCACACAUGUAGUGGGGGAGAGGGGAGCCAAGCAGACGCUUGCCUAACAGAGACCGCGCUCUGACAGGGCGCCUGAUGGUGGAUGAAUUCUGUGCUUGCCUGGAUUGCACAGUGGUCCUGGCUUAGCGAGGGCUGUUUAACCUGCAUACACCACUGCUCACCACUGCAUCCGCACACCUUUGUUUCCUUGCUCACGGCCUGUUGUCUGUGCCAUAUUCUUUUCCCCACAUUGCACGGGUAGCUCUGCUGCUGUGAGCUCGGCUCUAGCCUCUUCAGUGUGCUCAGAACCUCGGGUUUUCUUUUCUUUGCUGCCAGCUACUGCUUCCUGAUAGCCACUCGCUGGCUGCGCAUCCUCUGCUGCCUUAAACACCGAAUCUGGUGGAUCAUACUGACCCAGACGUUCUCUUUCCUUAACUCUGGUGGUGUUGAUUGUACCUUAAGUGCUGGCCGCUCUUCCUGCGUGUUCUGCCAUGCAUCUCUUUGGGUUUUUAUUGCCUCAGUCUGCUCUUUACCUGCAGACUAAGAAGCCCCCUGUAAGGGGACUCAACGCACAAGGCCAGUUCUUACCUCAAGGCACUUUGCAGUGAGUAAACAAAUGCGUGUACAGCUGUAGAAAUGCUUUGUCUAAGUCGGAAUUAUGAAGGAAAAAUCCUUUGGAAACUGGUAAAUGUCUUUAAAAAAAGACAAAACCCUCUUUUGAAUGUUUCUAGCAAGUGUUUCUGUAGUGGCCUCUACAUUUCUGACCCCCAGUCCCGCAGUGCUGCUGACAAAGGGCAGUGCUUUGACCAGAUCGGCUGAGGUGAGGGGACCGAACAUUAAGUCAGAACUGGUUGGUUUGUCUCAGUGCUUGAUGAGAAAAGGAGGAUAGGAUUAGAGCUGGAGAGGUGUUUGCCUGGAGUUUCAAACAUUUUGUCAGUGGCUAAAAAAAAAAAAAAAAGAGCA